CUGCCUGCCGGAAAUAUUCCCUUUUCUUUUUCAUUCACAUGUUUGCAGAAGCUCCUUUCAACAAAGAAGAAACAAGAAUCCUUGAGAUCUGUGACGGAAUUUUGCAAUACACACACAAGCACUGUGCUUCUGUAUACAUAUGUAUGUUUGAGUUUACAAACAGGAGAAAGGAGUACUCACUACAUGUUGUGUAGUAUAUGCUUAUUUUACGAAAUAGUGUGUACUUAUAGGCAUAUAUAUAGUUUAACAAAGCUUGUAAAUCGUCGGGAAAAAAAAAUCUGGAUAAUUAUUAGACGUGAGAUUUUAUUAUUAAUAUUUAUAUAUUUGAGAUUCGUUGAACAGCUAAAUGAAUGUGUCUCAUAAAUAAAGACAGUCAGAAGAAAAGAAGGUUUAGAGGAAGAAAGAAAAUUUAUCUCCGAACGAGUUAUGAAGAUAGCCUGAGGAGAAGAGGGAGGCAAGAAAGAGAGAGAGAGAGAGAGAGAGAGGGAACAAAAACGAGGGAAUAAUGAGGGAGGGUGAAAAAGAAAGAGAAAACAAAGGAGAGAUUAAGAGGGAGGGAGAAAAAGAAAGAGAGAACUAGGAGAUAUAAAGAGAGAAAGGAAGAAAGAAAGAGCAAAUGAGGGAAAGAUAAAGAGAAUGAACGAAGGAAGGAGAAAGAGACACGAUGUAAUCGAUAAUACAAUAAAAGCGAAGAAAUCAAACCAGAUUCCAAGGUACACGUUCAGUUAAUUGACUGCAGUUCUCGCCUCUUUUCGACAUCUAAUAUGAUUUUAUUUUGACACACAAAAGCCUUUAAGAUAUCUGUAUUUAUUUUUUUUUCUGUUCGUGUUCUUCGGUCGUCUUAAUCUUAUUUUAAUAAUCUGAUGUUUUCAAGCAGUCUUCUUGCUCCACCGCGAGGAGAACAUAAAUUUAUGCUACCACCAACGAUUUAAUCGUGACUUGCAUGGGAUACAAUAUAUAUUUAUUUAUAUAUUUUCACAUUCCUCUAAAUAUAUAAAAGUUCAUCUAUAAGAUCCUACAUUGUUUCCCCUUAGUUGCAAUGGAUUGGGGAACCGAUGCGAACAGUAAGGUCGAUGGCUAUGGGUUUGAACGUUCAGAUAGUUUUGACUAUGGACUCAAUAGUGAAUUUGUAUCAACUUAUAAACCCAUCUUAGAGCGACGAAACAAGCGAUGGAACGACUCAGUUCCCAACUCAAAAGUUCCCCACAACAGAAAAAUGAAACGCUUCUGUCGGAAAGGAAUACCAAAUGAAUAUCGGGCAACAGCCUGGAUGUCACUGUCCAAAGCAGACAAAUAUAUGAAGAAUAACCCAAGCUUAUAUCAAGAACUUCAGUCACAGACUCUGGAUUUGAAAGUAGAAGAAAGCAUCAAACUAGAUCUUCAUCGAACAUUUCCAGAGAAUAUUUAUUUCAGUGACACAAAUGAUACAGAGAGUAGCUUACAAGUCCCUCUGUACAACGUUCUCAAAGCCUUAGCAAUAAAGAAUAAUAAAAUAGCAUACUGCCAGGGUAUGAAUUUUGUAGCUGGUUUGUUGCUUAUAACUGUGAAAAAUCAAGAAAAAGUAUUCUGGUUAAUGGACACUUUAAUGAAUGAGAUUUUACCAGAUUUUUACAAUCCUGACAUGAAAGCACUCAAAGCCGAGCAGGAGUUGUUGGGGCAAAUUGUGAGUUGGAAAUUACCAGAAGUUCACAGACAUCUUGUAUCAUUGGGUGUUCCCUGGAUGCUUAUUGGAACUAAGUGGUUCAUUUGUAUGUAUGCAGAUGUUGCUCCAGUUGAGACUGUUUUACGUAUUUGGGAUUCCUUAUUUUAUGAAGGUUCCAAGAUCCUGCUGCGAGUUGCUUUCACUUUGAUCUCAAUGAACAGCGAUAAAAUUCUGGCCUGUAAAGAUUUUCCUGAAGCUGUUCACAUAAUUCAGAGUUCGGUAAAACACCCUUUGGUGAAACAUUGUCAUAGUUUCAUGGAGUUAAUUUUCAAAGAAACAGGAUCAUUUCCUCGCAGUGAAAUUACAAAGAUGAGAAAAAGUUGUAUUGAGAAAAUAACAUAGCACAAAAUCACAAAUUCCAUCUGGUCUACAAUGGUUUUUAAAAAAAUAUUUAUCUGGUUCAGAGAUCCUUGAAAAAUAUCGAGAGAAUGCUAAGAGAGUAUUCUCGACUCUUUAUUUGUCACUCUUCCUAAAUUUACUCUUUCCACAGAGUCCUUUUUCUCUAAACCAGUUUUGUUUUCUAUUGGCAAAAUUUGAAAAAAAAAAAACAUUUAACACCUUCCUUGAAAAAAAAAAACUAAAAAACAUAGAAUGUAUUAUUUAUUUUAUUGUAUUCCAUCUUUAUUUUUGUUAUUCACCUCUUACCCAAAACAGUCUUUCCUUUUGAUAAUAAACCCAACCACAACCAGUGUCUUUAUUUCUCACAAAAGAAAAGUUUGAGAGAGAGAGAGAAAGAGAGAGAGGGGGGGUGUUAGUGUUGUGUAUGUGAGGGAGAUUGUUUCUAUAAAAUAUUUUGGUUUAUUUAAACCUAAAAUUUAAAGGGAACAAAACCAGAAAUUUUCCUUCUUAAUUUUUUUCUUGAUAGUUGCACAAUUCAAAAGAAAUAUUUUUCCUUUUAAUUAUCUUGAGCAAGUUAAUUAGUUGCUCUUAAUACAUAUUGUCUUGGGGCUCAUUUUACUUUGCAAAACUGUGAAUAUCUCUCACAUUGAGGUAUUCCUCACCGAUGCCAGCAACAGGAGCAUUCUAUGUGAGAAUGCAAACGAUAGAAGCACUCACUGAAGAAGACUCUACACAAUCACUUCUUCUGCUAGAAAUAGCAGCCAAAUAUUUUUCAAACACAUCUUUUAAAAAAAAAGUGGACACACUGAAUACAGGUACAACAUUGAUUUUCCAGAACCUUUGGUUCCAAAACCUUUCCAGAUGACUGCUUUUUCCAAAGCAGGGGUGGUCACCUCUAAAUUAAAAAAA